GGAAUCAUGCUGAAAUACAUUACCUCCUUAUUUUUAAUACUCGGUGCGGUGAACUGCGAUUACUUUCUUAACAGAAUCAAUCAUUUAGAGUAUUAUAGAAAUAGGACGAAUGGGAGGCCAUCUAAGUCAUUUUCUAGUUUUUCUACGAAUUAUUUCAAUCAAAAUUUAGUGCCAAAACCUGGGAAGGGAGAAAAAGUGCAGUGUGGUACGAGAACGGUGGAUUUUAACCCACGAAGGACGGGAAAAAUUGUUGGAGGCACCGAGACACCUUAUGGGGCAUUUCCUUGGCAAGUGGAAAUUCAGAUGCUGGACGUGGAUAAGUUGACCUUCGAGCACCAUUGUGGAGGAGCAGUCAUAGCUGAGAGGCUGGUACUGUCCGCUGCGCAUUGUUUCGACAAGCAACCGUUGAACUUGGAGCACAUUCGCCUGGUGGUCGGCGAGCAUCGUCUGAAGGUACAGGACAAGCAUGAGCAUCGGUUCCUCGCAGAGAAGGUGGUGCUACAUCCCGACUUCAGAAAGAAUGGCCCACACAGCAACGACAUAGCUUUGGUCCUCGUCUCUCGGUCCGGUAGCGGUGUGCAGUUCAAUUCCCACGUCCGGCCAAUAUGCUUGCCUGAUGAUGGAGUCACUGCUGGGAAGUGGUGUACGGUCAGUGGAUGGGGAUUUCAGGCAGAAAAUACGGAAAACUUUGCGCCUAUCUUAAGAGCGGCUGCAGUACCAGUAUUAGAUUUAAACACGUGUAGAAAGAGCCAGGUCCUUGGAGGAAGACAGCAGACCAUACUGGACUCUAUGAUCUGCGCAGGAAUCCUAUCAGGUGGUGUCGACGCUUGCCGAGGAGACUCCGGAGGCCCCCUGGCCUGUAUGAACUCGAACCGAUGGCAGCUUCAUGGGGUCGUCUCUUGGGGGUCAGGCUGUGCACGGCGAGCGAGGCCAGGAGUAUACACUAGAGUAGCGUCCUACCUGGACUGGAUUAGGCGGACAGCUUCUGCAUUGGGUCAUAAAAUUGGAUAUUAGGAUUUUAUAUAACCUGCAAGUAUUGAAUGCCCGGGUAUUAAGGUGUAGCUUAUUGGCUAUGUGCAAAGCGAAUAGUGACGGACAAAUAACGACCGCAGCGCACAACACGGCAGAAAUUGGAAACAAAUGCGGACGAUCAGCUGUCAGUUUUUAUUAUUACAUUCAUUUUACAGUAAAACUAUUGAUCAAGCUAGCACUUAAAUAAUGUCAACAAUACUAUUUUAAUUUUUGGUUUGAUUUAUAUUUGCAAAGAAAAUUAUAAUGUUUACAUUGUUAUUAAGUAUUUGACAGCUACCGCAAAUGUUGUAAACGCUACGCGUCGCCACCGUCGCGCACAUAGCCAAUAGGAUAAGCAUGAAGGAGCGGAUUUCCAUAGAAACUUUCAACUCGAAAGUCAUAUAAAGAGAUAGAAGCGGGUAUUUUUACUUUUCCGCGUGUGAGAGCCAAUCUUCAACCGGCUCGGCUGGAAUGAUACAACGUUCUCACAGAAAACCGGCGUGAAACAACCACAGCGUUGUGUUUCGCCGUGUGAAUGUUGUUAUCGGAGGCCCAAUCCUUGCCCACCCCUAUCUCUCUCGAAUCCCUAAAUCUCCGAAACCCUAAUCCCCAAAAGGCGAAAGUUACAAGUACGUAUGAAUGUUUGUUACUCUUUUAUGUAAAAAGUACUGAACGGAUUUGAAUGAAUUUUGGCACAGAGAUAGACAUUAUGGUUUGGAGUAAUACAUAGGCUACUUUUCAACCGGAUAACACAGGCGAUGGUAGUAGGUGGAAGCUGUAAAGAACUAUAGUUACCAUAGAUAUAAGUUUAACGCCAAAGUUUAGUAAAU